UUUGAUCACAACCUUAGGUUUUUGUGUAUUCUGUGGAAGUAUAUUUUUCAUAUCACUUACAUGACAGUGGAACCAGAACAAUUCUGAAUAUGAUAAAACUAAAAUCACUUGGUGAAAAACUGAGAUGGUAUCUUACAAAUCUUCCUGUUGUGACUACUGUGCUUUUCGUCGCAAUUAUUGUUUGCUACAAAAUCAAAUUGGCAAGACAUUUUACUGAUGUUAUUCUUUGUGUACAACCUCAUAUGAUAAUGACAGGCCAAGUAUCAAGGCUUAUCAAAUAUGUCAUUCACCACAAAAAUGUGAAGAAUCUACUUUUAUCACUUGCUUCGUUGGCAAUAUUUGGAACAGUUGCUGAACGUCAGGCAGGAAGCAUUCGUUACUUGUUCCUUAUGACAAUCUUCGCCAUUUUGUCAGCAAGUUUAACAGUGUUUUUCUCAAUUUUACUGGGAUUUUCAAGUCAUUAUUCAUCACUAAUGUACAGCUGUCCUGCACUUGGCCUCACACCAGCGUUGUUUGGAAUUAUUGUUUUGGUUUUUAAAAAUUCACCUAUGAAGAAGAGCGUCAUUCUUUUUGUAAUGCUUCCAAAUGUGGCCAUUCCAUGGCUACUCCUCAUUUCAUCACAAGUAAUCCUUCAAGACACAACAUUUAUCAGCAAUCUCAGUGGAUGUAUUGUUGGAUCAUUAUAUGUUUGCAGUUUACGUGGCAUAAUCACACUCCCAUCAGUUCUUGUGAAAUAUGUGGACAAUAUCUUCAAAAAAAUUUUCAAAUACAUACCCAUUGUCAAGUAUAUACCAGGAUCAUCUCCUAUGUUGCCACAAUAUCAUUUAGAAAAGGAUCAACCCGAACUAAAUGGAAUCCAGCAUCAACCAUUCAGGGUUCCUGAUGAUUGUCCUGUACCUAUCAGUGAGGAUUCUGUGCCCAAGUAUAAAGUUGACAAAUUACUUGAGAUGGGAUUUAGUAAAGAAGAGAGUGUUGUAGCUUUAACUGCUGCGAACAACAAUGUAGAUCAGGCAGUUUCGAUUUUGACUAAUAAACAAAUUGGUUCUCAAGCCACUGUGUUGCAGAUGAAAGGUAAUUAGCAGGUGGGAAUGAUCGAAAGCUGAUUGUUUCACCAAUGUUGCUCAACCAGUCUUAUCAUCCAGGACCAAUAUGUGGUUCCAUUUUCGCAAAUUUUUUAACCAAGGUGCUUGGUGGUACCGAAACCUAUUAUACUCUGUAUGUGGCUAUGGAUGGGUAAACACACCACCUGCAUGAAAAAGCGCAUUUUAGACGUAACUAUUCAGAACUGGAGACCCAUGCUAUCCAAUUUUUAUAUUUAUAACAGAAAUUAUGUGUCCAUUUAUAUAAUAAGUUAAAUUUUCAUAAUAGGUGAUAGGUUAAAGACCAAGCCUGCAUGUGGCACUCGAUAAAUAUUUGAAGACGCUAUUAAUCAUAAAUUCAGAAGCCUCUGAUUUAUGCUGUAAUGAAUUUAUCCACCAUUGUGUACACAUUGUGCUGCUCUUAUGCAGUAUUCCUGUUUCCCAGUUAGAUUUGUAUGUAUGCAAGCAGUGCACUUGUCUGCUGCAAAUGUUUUCAUAUUACAGAGAUUACAUGUAGUAAGUAAA